ACUCAACAAGCAUUGAGUUCAGAGCCCAUGUUGUGCACCAGCCAGGCUGCUCCUGGUCUGAAUGGCCUGUUCCUAGCUAAGGAGCACAUUCAACCUUUUCUCACAGUCUGAAGUGGCUUGGCUCUUUGCAGCGCAACCCCUCUCUCCGAGCUAUUAUUUUGGCCACGCCUUCCCUAAUUUUAGGCUCCACUGGCCCUGCCUUACUGGUCUAUAUAAUGCACACCUUUUGCCACCUGUUGGAGGGCUGUCCAAGGCAGCCACCAACCACCCAGCCCAGAUCAACCAGCAACAGAAGGUUGCUGCAGAAGCCGCCAUGGCCCAGACUGUUCUUCUGAGCGUCGCCCUUCUGAGUGUCGUCCUCUCCUUCCAUGGCGCCUUGGGCAUCAGUGGCUGCAGAGUCUCUCAAACCGGGCUGGAAGACUAUUGCCGUUCCACAAAAAAAUACUGGGGGCAAUUCCUGCAAGGUCCUAUCCAACAGCUCCCUGUCCCCGCCCUUCCUGGUCUGGUUGGCUGCCAUUUCGAUGUCCUGAUGUGUGAGCGUGUGAGCGUGGUUUUCAGGCCGCCCUAUGGCGUGGACGUGGUUGUGUGCUUCGUGGUCCAGAUCAAGUGCUCUUUGCUGCUCACAGUGCGCGUCGCAUUUUGUGCUACCAUCCAGCUGAUGGUGGUACCUUUGGGGCUGAGCUUCGGCAGCUGCUCUUCGGAGUACGUGGAAGUCAAAGUAGACCCACUGUUCGAUUUGCAGCUGCCAGUAGUGGCGAAAAUGCUGGCCCCUGUGAUGAAUCCUGUGGUAGGUCUCACAGAGCAUUUUAUCUUUCCUCUGCUAGCAGCCCCACAUCAACAAAGCGGUUCCAAAAAGCAGGAAGCAAAGUCAGUUGAUCGGAGGCCUCUGCCUCUGCAAUGCUCUCUUCAGGCGAAUCUGGUGUCUCUUCUGCAUCUAUGCUUUCUUGUUUGUGGCCAUGCCCAGGAGAUAAUCAUACAGCUGAACAUCGUCAUUGGCUUCCCAACUUCGUAA